UGAAGGAAGGUUUUUGAGUACUCGUACUAGUUGAAGUUAGGAUCCGGUUGGACUAAACCAUUCAGUAGGGGUGAUGGACUAUACCACUGUAAAUUAUCAUAUUUCCCAUAAUAAUACACUAACAUAAAUAUGGAUUCACCUGCAGUGAGGACGUGUUUUGGAGAAAUUGGCUUCUGGUCUGAGCGGACACCAGUGCAUGAGGCUGCGUCUUCAGGACAGGUUGAGAAGCUGCAGCUUCUGGUUGAUAGUGGUGCUUCAGUAAACCUAGCGACAGUAGACAAUAUGACCCCGCUGCACGACGCCUGCAUACAGGAUCACGCAGAAUGCGUUCGAGUGCUUCUGAAUGCCGGCGCACAGGUGGAUGUACGGACUAUUCAUGGUAGCACUCCUCUGUGCCAUGCGUGUGCAGCAGGCAGUGUGGAGAGUGUGAGACUGCUUCUGGAGCAUGGAGCGUCAGUGAAUCCCUCCCUCACGGCCCUCACGGCCUCCCCACUGCAUGAGGCCUGCAUACGAGGUAAUCCAGAAUGUGUGAAGCUGAUUAUAUCAAAAGGAGCCCUGCUGGAGGCUUUCGACAUUCACUUUGGGACGCCGCUGCACAGCGCCUGCGCUAAAGCACAUCUGGAGUGCGCCUUACAGCUGCUCAAUGCAGGUGCCCGUGUGAAUGCCACAAAGUUCCAUGAGACGGCUCUGCACCACGCAGCGAGAGCGGGUCGGACGGACCUGAUUGAGCUGCUGGUGGAGUUUGGUGGAGACAUUAACGUCAGGGACAACAUGGGCCGGAAACCGAUAGAUUACACGGCCCCUGGAUCCCCAUCUCACAUCUGUCUACAGCGCUAUGAGAGUUGUCCUCUGUCUCUACAGCAGCUGAGUCGUAUCACACUGAGGCGUGUCCUGGGCACCAGAGCGCUGCAGGUCAUCACCAAACUAGACAUCUCACAACGUAUCAUCAGUUACCUCUGUUACAACUAAUACAACAAAACAACUUCAUGCAAGUUUAUUGUGUUUCUGUGAAAAUGACAGUAAUGAGGAUGAACUUGGUUAGGAGGCUCAGGGGGAAAAUAUGCUCAACUAAACAUUUUUAUGCUGUGACCAGCUGCUGGUUGUCUUUAAAUAUGCUGCAAGGAAUAUUUUCCAUUGUCUUAAGGUGCAUUAAUCAAACUGUUUGAUGUAACGUGCAAACGUUUGAUUUAAUGUGCAGAAGACAUUUAAUAUAAGUUUGGCUUUAGGUUUGUUCCUUCAGAAAUAAGCCAGAAAAAGAGUUCCAUGUCUCAUGUAACGGAUAAAUAAUUUGUAUAGAAACUCUGUAAAUUGUGAUAUUAUCAAAAGUAAGUGCUGGAUUCAGAACUUUGUACAAUUUUGGGAUUUGUUUCCCCAAAAUGAGGAACCUUCAGUCACAACCUUUGCUUUGUCUUUAGCUACAUUUACAUUUACAUAUUCAUUUAGCUUUUAUCCAAAGCGACUUACAAAUGAGGAAAUACAAGCAAAGUGAUAUAUCAAGCGGAGAACAAUACAAGUAGUGCUACCAUACAAGAUCUUUUAAUUGACUUCUAGAGACGCAGAAUGCGUAGAGAGAAUUUUUAUUUUCAUUUUUUUAAAUAAAAGUGGGGGAGGGGUAAGUUAGGGGUUAAUUAGGUGUUCACGGAAGAGGCGGGUCUUGAAUUUGAUGCAGGCGGAUACAGGAAGCCAGUGGAGGGUGAUGAAGAGGGGUGUGACAUGGGUUCUUUUGGGCUGGUUGAAAACAAGGCGAGCUGCUGCAUUCUGAAUCAUCUGAUAAAUAAGUUAAUUAAUUUAAUCUAGAUAAUGAAUAAAUUAACUAGAGACUGAAAACUUUUUUGAGUUGUAAAAUUUAGGGGUUUCAACAGGAAAACUACUAAAUUAACAAUCGUGUUUGUAGAUAAACUGUAAAACAAUGAUUUCGGUUGUUGUUUUUUUUCCAUCAUUUCACCUGCAAUUAAAGUUAGCCUGUAAUUAAAGUUUAUAUCUUAACAUUUUUCAAC